GUGGUCUGUAUCAAUCAUGAAACUGUUCGCAGUCGUCGUUUUGGCUUGCUUGGCCGCGGCUCAGGCACGGGAGAUCAGCUAUCAGUCGAUUGUUCCGCUGCGUGAAGCUCCCCGCAGCUCGCGUAUCGUCAACGGAUUUCCUGCUACCCCCGGUCAAUUCCCCUAUCAGGUGUUCCUGUUAGGCGCAACCGGUGGUGGAAACCUUGCCUGUGGUGGUUCCCUGAUUUCGGCCGAAUGGGUCCUGACCGCUGCUCACUGUCAAGUAGGAGUAUCUCAGUUCACGGUUCGUGCUGGAACUAACAACAUCAAUGAAGGAACUGUUCGUACCUCGAACCUGAUCAUCAUCCAUCCCGCCUACAAUCCGAGCAACCUGAACAAUGACAUCGGUCUGAUUCGUUUGAGCGAGCCAGUUCCGCUGGGAGGAAACAUUCAGGCUGUUGCUCUCCCGGAAUCCGAUUUGGCUGAAACUUUCCUCAACCGUGAGGCUACUGUCUCUGGAUUUGGACGUACUAGUGACGCUAUUGCGGGCAUUUCUACUACUCUCAACUUUGUCCACCUGAACAUUAUCUCCAACAUCCAGUGCAUGGGAACAUACGGUGCUGCCACCAUCAUCGAUUCCACUGUUUGUGCCGUCGGUCGCGAUGCUGCCAACCAGGGUACUUGCAACGGUGACUCCGGUGGCCCGCUUACUGUCACUGAAAAUGGCCAGUCGCUCCAGAUCGGUGUCGUGUCGUUCGUCGCUGCCAUCGGCUGUGAAGCAGGUCUACCAUCUGGAUAUGUGCGUACCACUCACUUCCGCAACUGGAUUCGGGAGCAGUCCGGAGUCUAAAUUCAAGAUCCGGCUAACAAACAACACUGAUGAGAGUUUAGCAAUCAUGCCUGGACGUGUACCAUCAACAACAACAUGCACGAAAAGGUUUUUCCAAUAAAAAAAACAUUUUUUUCACAAGCUGUACACAUUUGUUUUGCCCAUUAAAUUUAGUAUACGGCAGUACUGUCGAUCCUAACAAAGUUAAAUUCGACCUGGUAAUAUCGCUUGCACCA